CUAGGGUGAACACAUCCUGAUCCAUGCACUUAUUGUUCAAACACCAAUUCAACCCACGUUCAUUCUAACCUUUUUUUAACCUCAGCAAGGCAAGGAAAUCAGACAUGGGCUUGUUAAAUUCGUUUCCAUUUCCGUUUUCAUUCAUAUGAUCGCAUCCAUGGCAAUGAGGAUAACACCAAAAAGACGUCUCUCUCAUAUCAUCUCCCUUUACGCCAAUUCCAUCUCUCCCUGCCGAUGCCGCCGUUCACCAAUCUCAGCUCAUUCUCACACGCAAAAGCAUAGCCUUGUUUAGGAUUGGAUCUGCUUCCACUUGACCCGGAAUCUACCUUCCGCAUAUUGUCGCACUCUUGCUUUUGAAAGAGUAAAUAAUAUUCACGUCUCCCUGCGUUUGCCAAUGCGUCUGGUCUCUCAAACAUUCCUUGGCUUUUCCCUCUGCAGCCUCCUGUAAUAAAACUCCUCGAUACCCUCCCUCCUUGCGCAUUCUUACGACCAGCGAAUAUCUCCUUGUAUUUCGUACAUCCAAUCUCUCCCAUCCCAAUCUACCAUCAUUUCUAGCACCUACUUUCUUUCCAUUCGAACUUUCGGAAUUGCGCAGAUAGCCUUUCAAACACAAUGCCUUCAAACGCUACAAGUAGGCUUCUUCCAAGUAAUGUCUCUCUUCCACUUAGUUAGGAACAUUUACUAAUUCGUCUUGUUUACAGCUCACUCCUCCACUAAUGGAGAGCAAAACAAAUUCUUCGAAGAUUACGGCGUUUGGAAGGAAGCUCCUAUACUUACAGGAAGCACGAAAUUCGAGCCAUUACCAGAUGUUAAGAAUAUCAUGAUUACAGGGGGGGCCGGGUUCAUGUAAGGACACUGUUCUUUGUGCAGCAGGGGAAUGGAAUUCUGACCUUGAUUAGUGCAUGUUGGCUGGUACGACAUUUGACUUUGACCUACCCCGAUGCAUACAACAUUGUGUCUUUCGACAAAUUGGAUUACUGCUCGUCAUUGAAUAAUACCCGAGCACUGAACGACAAGCGCAAUUUUUCCUUUUACCAUGGUGACAUUACCAAUCCAUCGGAAGUUGUGGACUGCCUUGAACGACAUAACAUUGAUACAAUCUUCCAUUUUGCAGCACAAUCUCAUGUUGAUUUGAGUUUUGGCAAUUCUUAUGCCUUUACCCACACAAACGUGUAUGGUACCCACGUUUUGCUUGAGAGUGCCAAAAAGUUUGGGAUCAAGAAGUUCAUUCAUAUUUCUACCGAUGAAGUUUAUGGAGAAGUUAAGGAUGAUGAUGAUGACCUUUUGGAAACCAGCAUUUUGGCACCUACAAAUCCUUAUGCUGCAAGCAAAGCAGCAGCAGAGAUGUUGGUACAUUCUUACCAGAAGAGCUUUAAGCUACCUGUGAUUAUCGUACGCAGUAACAAUGUUUACGGACCACAUCAAUAUCCCGAGAGUGAGUACUUUGAUCGAAUUUUGAAAUCAUAUGGCUGACGAAAUUGAAUAGAAGUCAUUCCCAAAUUUAGUUGCUUACUCCAGCGUGGACAACCAGUCGUUUUACAUGGAGAUGGUACCCCCACCAGAAGAUAUCUUUUCGCUGGUGAUGCAGCCGAUGCCUUUGAUACCAUUCUUCAUAAAGGUUCCAUGGGACAGAUCUACAAUGUUGGAUCGUACGAUGAGAUAUCCAAUUUGACAUUAUGCUCGAAAUUACUCACGUACUUGAAUAUUCCCCACAGCACCCAGGCUGAGCUCCACAAGUGGGUCAAGCAUACGCAAGACCGACCAUUCAAUGAUCACCGUUAUGCAGUUGACGGAACCAAACUCAGAAAAUUGGGCUGGGAUCAAAAGACUAGUUUCGAGAAUGGAAUGGCUAUCACUGUUGACUGGUAUAAGAGAUUCGGUGAAAGAUGGUGGGGUGAUAUCACCAUGGUUCUUACACCAUUCCCCACAGUUGCUGGAUCGGAGGUGGUGGGUGAUGAUCAUGCUAUUGAGGAGGUCAAAGAGGAAAUGGUGGUUGAUGCUAAUGAUAAUAUGGUUUUGGGUAAGAAGAGAAAGUUAAACGGUGUUUCGAGUGGGAUGAUUCAAGCUGUGGAAGUUUAGAUUAUACAUGUUUGGCUUGGUCUGGACUCUGCACUGCAUUCAUUGCCUUGCAUUUCAGCUUCAUGUUUUGGUGGCGUAGAAAAAGGAAAAUGGGUUGAUUGGUGGGUGAUUGGUGAUUGGUGAUUGAUGAUUUGGGUUAAUUUUUCUCGUGGAUUGGUUAUCGGACAACUGUAUUAGAGCGUGCUUUUUCAUUUAUAUUCCCCAUUGAUAGACAUAGUUUAGUUGGUAGUACGUAGUAUAUGAGUAGAUGAUAUUGACGUUGAUGUUGAUG